CGGGGGAGCGCUAGGCUUCUGCGAGGAUCCAGUUGGUCGGUCAUGUGAUCUUCGAUACUUUCAACCCUCCCAUGAUGGGUGGUUCUUCUGCCCCAUUCCCGAUGCUACUCCACCUAUCUAUCCCCACCGCCACCACCAACGCCUCCACCACCUGAACGCCGACCAAAUCAUCAGCAAUCGAGAAUAGAGAAGGUCGAAGACAUCCAAAGAAAGCAAAGCAAAGAUCGUAUGCUUUUGGGCUUCCUCCUAAAUCUCAGGUCAAUUGGGUGCUUCUUUGUUGCAGGGAGAGUUGGUUACAGUUAUCACAAGGGGUGCUGGGAUCUUGACGGCUGCUUUUAGUGCCUUCAAGAUGAGCUACGGGAGCAGCUCGCUUGCUUCUGGUGCUAAGACUGCCACAAGGCAUUUUGAGUAUGGGAGGACCCAUGUGGUCAGACCCAAGGGAAGGCACCAGGCCACUAUAGUGUGGCUUCAUGGUCUAGGUGACAAUGGAGCGAGCUGGUCCCAGCUCCUGGAGACCCUUCCUCUUCCCAAUAUUAAGUGGAUAUGUCCAACAGCUCCUACUCGACCUGUAGCAGUUUUUGGUGGAUUUCCUUGCACUGCGUGGUUUGAUGUUGGGGAAUUAUCAGAGGAUGGACCUGAUGAUGUUGAGGGAAUGGAUGCUUCAGCUGCACAUGUUGCAAACCUGUUAUCAACAGAGCCUGCCGACAUUAAGAUUGGUGUCGGUGGCUUUAGCAUGGGUGCUGCUACCGCGCUUUAUUCUGCUACUUGUUUCACUAAUGGAAAAUAUGGAAAUGGCAAUCCUUACCCUGUCAACUUAAGUGCAGUUGUUGGUCUAAGCGGGUGGCUUCCGUGUUCCAGGAGCUUGAAGAACAAGGUGGAAAGUUCUCAAGCAGCUGCAAGACGUGCUGCCUCCUUGCCACUUUUGCUUUGUCAUGGAAGAGGUGAUGAAGUUGUGCUUUAUAAGCACGGAGAGAAAUCUGCUGAGGUUUUCAGAUCUACUAAUUUUCAGAAUCUUACUUUCAAAACGUACAAUGGGCUCGGCCACUACACAAUCCCUGAAGAGAUGGAAGAUGUCUGCAAGUGGCUUACUGCAACAUUGGGGCUUGAUGGAUCUCGCUCAUAAUUGGAGAAUCCAUCUUUGAUUUUGGAUAACACUGUGGAAUGGGGAAAGGAAAGAUAUCCUACAGCUGUAAUGAAUAGAUAAAAUUAUGGAUAAUUUUUAGAUGUGGGUUUGGGGUAUAUGAUAUAGUUGCAUUUGAUCAUCUUAGCUUCCUCUGGUCCUGCGUUUUAUUCAGAAACUUUGUCUAUAUGCAUGCUCAUUAACGUUGGUAGUUGGAUGUCAUUGGUAUUGGCGUCUUUUCAACAUUAUGCAAUUCGAUUACCCUUUCAGAGAAAUUAUCCUUUCAGAGAUAGUGUAUGGA